CAAAAGUCGGCUCCCCAGGCUGCUACCGAGGGUGGGCGCAGACAGUUGGUUAUUGCUUCUCUCUUUUCGCUCCCUUGUGGAUGAGACAUUGUCCCCUCGCCGUUCUCACCAUCCUCCUGUGUGUCGCAGACGUCCUCUCGUUCUCAACUGCAAUUGCCAUCCACUCUCGUUCAGCAGUUCUGCUCGUCGCAAACCUGUACCACCUCCUUGCAGGCCCUCAAUCAAAUCUUCGAGCGCGAUUGACGUUCAGACAGCUACCACGCUAUGAGGAACGUUGACUUCGCAGCACGAUGCGCUCUUCAAACCACAUUCGCUUGAUGCCUUUUUCGCGGUCGUGCGGUAGCGAUAUCUUGAUUGCCGUCAGUCUUGUACUAUCACUUUGCCCCGUCGAUGCCUCGGAGCCUGCCCCGAUUGUUGCGACAACAAGUACCGACUUUUUCGGCUACGAUGGCCUGUGGUCCGCCAUCAGUAUACGGGUCGGGUCGCCCGAGCAAUAUCUUUCUGUUUUUCCUAGCACACUGAGUCAGGAGACGUGGGUGGUAGGCCCCGCCGGCUGCGAUGGAACCUCGAUCUGUGAGAAUAAAAGAGGGGGUUUGUUUUCCGCAAACGAGUCGUCUACCUUUAAGGCUCGAGGCUUUUACGAGCUCAAUUUUGAUCCUCAGCUGGGCGGCAGCGGGUACGGAUAUUAUGGCUUGGACACUCUUUCCCUCGACGAUGCAACCUCUGUGCCUGAUCAAAUCGUCUCCGUGGUCAAUUCAACCGACUACUGGGUCGGAACCCUGGGACUGGGAGUUCAGCAGACUCGCUUCAGUGGCUCCGAGGCCAUUUCGCCGCUCUUGUCGAGCCUGGUACAGAAGCGCAACGACAUCCCGAGCCGCAGUUACGGCUAUACUGCAGGAGCAGUCUACCGCCUGAAAAGCGUGCCAGCCUCAUUGACCUUGGGAGGGGUUGAUGCCAACCGAUUCGUACCGAACGAAAUGAGCUUCACAUUAAGCCAGGACUAUUCUCCGAUCGUCGCGAUCAACUCGAUAUCAGUCUCAUCGGGGGCCGAAUCUUUGCCUUCUAAUUGGGACUCCAAUCCUCAGACGCUUCUGGACAUGUCUCAAGCCGACUUAUUUACCAUUGACUCAUCCACUCCAUUUCUAUGGCUUCCGGAACCAGCUUGCGACGCUUUUGCAAAUGCUCUUAACCUGACCUACGACGACACUUUACAGCUCUACCUCUUCCCAUCGGAUAAUUCAUCAUCCCCCAGUGCUCUCAGCGCAUGGAAUUUGACUUUCACAUUCACGUUGAGCAAUUUGCCAGGCUCGCCCGACCAGCUUGAACUGAAAUUGCCAUACGAUGCGUUCAACCUGCAAUUGACAUACCCAUUCCCGAACCUGGCAGCAAACUUUACCUCUCCUCCCACAAACUAUUUUCCUCUGCGCAAAGCAGCCAAUUCCACACAGUAUACCAUUGGUCGAGCCUUCUUACAAGAGACGUAUCUUACCGUCGAUUACGAACGCAAUAGAUUCUCCAUCUCACAAGCAGUGUUCACGUUGGAUGCCGUUAGCAAUGUCAACCUCCUGGCGAUCUCCCGACCCGAAGGUAGCACAUGGCCAGGACCUCCAGGAACUGGUUUGUCAACAGGCGCUAAAAUAGGGAUUGGAGUAGGAGCUGGAAUCGGGGCGUUGCUUGCAUUGACACUGGCCUGGUGGUUCUGCUUCCGCAAGAGGAGGGUGACAGGCAGUGCUGGGACGGAGAAGGAGAAGAGACGGUCAUUGCUUAGUCGGCUACAGAAGAACCCCGACUCGAAAACCUCUGUUUCUGAGUUGCUGGGCGACAAACGUCAACCGACUGAGGUCCCUGCAGAUCCGUCAGUUAGUCGGUUCGAACUUUCAGGCAGCACGCCAAUUGAAAUGCCGGCUGGCCCCGUUUCGCCUAGUUUCUUCGAGAGCAACGACGGCCCUCGGCGGGGAUCGGCGCUCAUGAGGAACGAUCCAAGAAGACCAGCAGAGCUCGAGCAGCAGCAGUCGGCCAACAAGGCAGCGGAAGCGGCAGCCAGCGAAAGAUCAGGCUCGCCGGUCCCCCCAUAUUCACCCGCGGAGAUCAAUCAUCGCUUCAGCAAUAGUGUCAGCCCCUACAGUGUCAGGCACAGUCGUGCAUUUGGGACUGUGUCCUCUGAUGACCAGGGCAUCAGUCCUGUGGGUGCCAGCCACGGCGGUCAUUCCGGGCGAUCCAGCAAUACCAACAGCAGAAGCAUGUCCAGCCCAAUAUCACCAGAGGUCACAUCAAGAUCACAAGCGCAAUUUUCGCCUGGAGGAAGUACCAGCCCUACUACGAGCACCAGCCGUGGCAGCCUUUUGGUACCACAGCUGAAUGGACGACCUCCAUCGCGCUCGCCCAGUUCUGGAAGCAGGUUUGUCGAGGAAGGACUGGGCACCGUGACGGAAGAACGUCCUGCUGGCCCGCCUGUUCGAACGAAUCCUCCAGAAGACAGAUUCAGCUGGGAGCAGUGAACGUGCGGGAGGCAGAUGGCGGAUUGAUGACCUGUAAUGACCCGAGAUGCUUGUCACGUUAUUGCUCCUGUUCGAGCAUGGAUGUAUCCCAGUUGGAAAAGAAAAAGCGAAGGACUGUAUAGCACUGGACAGGAUACCAGUCUCAUAUACCUGGGUAAUAUGUAAAUAAAUUGUUCAAAACCUCGAUAGAUGUGGCCAGCCUAGCAUGUGGAUCCACGAAGCCAACCC